AUGAGUCCUUUGCUGCUGUCUUCUAGACCUUCUUCUUUGGUGAUGCUGCGGUCUGUGUUUCGUUCUCGGGCUUUCGAUGCGCAGCUCGAAGAGCUGCUGGCCACCGCCACCAAGCAGGUGCUGGCUAUGCACUGUAUCCGCUCUCACCGCCAAGACUGCUGGGCCGUGGGCCGCCGCUGGGCAUUUGGCCGUCGCAAUUCGCUGCCUUUUCUGUCCACGUUUUCUGCGGACUCCAGGGCUGGCGAGAAGGCAGCAUGCGUGUACGCAGAGCUGCUGAUUCGCAUGCACCACGACAGCGGGCGAACUUCUUCAGUUUCUGGCCGCCUCAGGGAGGCCCUCUCUCCAGCAUAUUUCUUUUCAGUGUUGGGUUCUCCGAGGCCCUGGGGUGAGGAGGCCCCGGGGGGCCCCCCGCUGGCUCCGGGGGCCCCCCCGCAGGGCCUUGGGGGGCCCCUGGGGCCCCAGGGGGCCCCCUCGCUCGGGGAGGAGGCCCCAGGGGACAGCGACGCAGCUGCAACAAACUCCUCACGAUCUUGGAGCCACAGAGCCCUCAGCUCCGGCAGGGGGGCCCCCAGUGGGUCCCCCUCGGGGGCCUCGGCGAGCGAGCGGCUGCUGGGCAUUGCACACCGGCUGACGGGGCGUUUGACGGCGCGGAGGCCCCUGCACUGGGCCCCCAGGAAACUGCAGCAGCAGCAGCAGCAGCAGCACCGCGUCUCCAGCAACGUCGAAGUCGCCUACAACUUCUACGCCGAUCCCGCACCCAUAGACCCUCUGGUCCUCUUUGGGGACGAUUCCACUGGAACACUGCACCUGAACUUGGGACUUUCGAUGCUGGCUCCCCACAAGACGUCUGCGGUGUACGUACACGUGGCGGGGGACAUGGGCGCUCCGGAGAACUACGCGGAAAACGUGGACUAUUACUUAGAUGCGUUUUCUCUGACUCGCUUUAGCGCGGACUCCGGCGUGGAAGUGCCAGUGUACACUUUGGAGUUUGACAUAGGGGUAGAAGGUGACCACGAAAGCGUGUUGGCGCUGGUGGCAUCUUUGACAACUGCUGCUUCUCGGGUGUCUUCAUCGCAGCUGCAAGCAGCAGCAGAAGAGAGCAGCGACAGCAGCAAAGGGGAAGCCCGGAGGGUCCGCUGGGUCUCCCUGGGGGCCUUCAAACCCUUGCAUGCAGUGGGCAAAGCCCUCAGCCGCUUCGUGCUGGCCCACGUGCUGCAGUACCGGGCCUGCAAGCAGCAGCAGCAGCAGCGGGAGGAGGCGGGGGCGGACAGCGACAAGGCCAGGUCUCCGCGGCUUGCUGCGCAGCUGCAGCAGCAGCCCAGGACUGCCCUGCGGCUGCAGCAGCUGCAGCAGCAGCUUGCUGCAGUGGGACUCAGCGGCUGCCACUUGCCUCUCCUCAUCCUCAAACCCCGAUAUGUGGUGCAGCGCCACCGCAGACAAGACAGCAGCAAAAGCAAAAGCAAGCAGCAAACUGGCGGCCAAGCCCGCAGCAACCAGGAACUCAACGUCCAGAUACUCCCGCUGCUGCCUCAUGCAGAAACAAUGGAAAAAAACAAAAAGCAAAAAUAUACGGGACCCACAGCCAGGCCCUUGCAGUAUGACUCAGCUCAAAUGCAAGUUUUGAAGCCUCCCAUGUCUCAAGGCUUCCCCGUUAUUCUUUUCAGGACGCCGGUGCAUGCAUUGACACAGUCGUGGCUCGUUGGGAUUGUUGACAGGCCGGACGUCUUCCGUGGAGCAACCAAAACCGUGCAGGAGGUCCGGUCUUUCUUGCCAGUGGCUCAUCCUUCUCGAUUUGUGUUGUACAAAGACAUGCAUGAAGACUUUUUGCACAUGUUGUCUCUGACGGCGAGCCCCGACGAGUUGCUGCCGCCCCCCGUGUACAGCGCGGCGCUGCUGCUGCACCUGCUGCGGCUGCGGGACGCCCCCGCGAGUUCCCCUGGAGCAGCAGCAGCACGAACUCCGGACUUUGAUGCAGCAGAGUGCCAGCGCAGGCUGCUGCCGGUCCAGCUGGACUUGGGGGCAGUUCAAAUGGAGGCUUCUGCAGUGCCUUGCCCGGGGGGCAUACCGGACUGUCUUCCGUUCUCCGAGCUGCAGCAGCUGCAGCAGCUGCAGCGGCUGCAGCGGGAGCAGCCCCCGGUGGCCCCCGCGCGGGGCCAGCGCGGCCACGACCCCCACCAGCGGCUGUCCAAGCCCUACGGGGACGCGCAGCAGCAGCAGCAGCAGCAGCAGCAGCGGCGCGCCGAGGGCCCCCGCCGGCUGCCCCUGGGGGCCACAGAGCCCCCGUGGGGCACUGUGAGAAGCCUGGUGGGGCCCCUGCUGCGGCCAGUUUCUCCAGAUGUGCUGGGGCGAAUUGAACAAGCAGCAACGGACUUGAGUUCUUUCUUUUGUUCGCGUUUGCCUUUCGUGCAAUUCAUGGACGUGGCCAGCGCCCCAGAGCUGGCGGAGUUCACUGUGGGGCUCAGCAGCAAACUGCAUGUCUUGCGGCGGGAGGUCUUGGCCGCGGUGAUGAGUGCAGAAGAGAAGCGUGGGGGCCCCCCGUGGCGGGGGUGGGGGCCCCCCAACUUGAAGGGGGCCCUCGACUGGCGCCGCCCAGAAAAGCGGCGAAGGACCGCAGGCCCCCUGGACGGCCCUUCGUGGCUGGGGGAGGGCAGCGAGAGCAGAGCAGCAGCAGCAGCAGCAACAGCAGACACGAGCUUCCGCAUGGACCCCCGCGAGGGGGUCCCCCUGAGCGAGUCCAGCGAAGCAAGGAAGCUCGAAGGCACCAAGGGAAUGGGGGAAGCCACAGGCAGCCAAGACCUGCGCUCAGGGGCCCGGUGGGGCCCCCGAGAGACCAGCAGGGGCCCCGCAGCCUACGCGCCAUUUUGGCAAAGACAGGGGCGGCUGGGGAGCAGCAAAUUCGCAGGGAGAAGGGCCCGGGGCCGCAGCAGCAGGAAGCAGGGGGAGGGGCCCCUGGGGUCUCGGGGGGCCCUCGAGGUGGUGGAUGUGCAGCUGCAGAUGCAGCGGCAGCUGCUCGAGAUAUCCGCGGGCCUCGCAGCAGACUUGCUGGACUCGGAGUACAAGGGGCCCCCCGAGUCUUCUCCUGAGGAGCUGCUGCAGCUGCUGCCGGAGCUGCAGCGGCAGGCCGACUUGGAGAAAGAGUGGCCUCAGAACUUCCUCGACAACGCCAAAAGGACUUAUGAAGAAGACUCGCGGUUUGCCUACUACGCGAGACAGACGGAGCGCCGCCAGGCCUUGACAGAAGUUGUUCGUUUCAAAGCCAAGGAAACUGCAGACUUCGCUUUGUCUCUCAUGGAUGCAGCAGAGUGGCUGCACUCCCUGAAGGAGGAGGGAAGGACUCCUCGCUCGGUCUUCCCCACGGUUUACCCGGGGGCCGCGGGGCCCCUGCAUGCAACAGCAGCAGCGUCUGCUGCGGCCACUGCAGCGGCGGUGGCUGCUGCAGCAGCAGGCGCUGCAGCGCACGGCAGGGCCGAGGCGCUGCUGCACUACUACACCCCGCCGGACUCCGACGCAGAUCCCGUGCGCCUGCGAAAUGCUGCUGUGGGGGCCCCCGAAGUUGAAGAAACUUUGCGGGAUGCAGAAAUGUGUGUACCGCAGAAGUUUCUUGAGCAUUUCGGCUACCGCUUUUCCUCUUCAAGUCCUCCCGCUGCUGCUGCUCCGUCGGGCAAGGCGGGGUUGCCUGCCCGCGAGGCGCGCGGCAGCGACGGCAGCGUGCCCAGCAGCAGCAGCAGUAGCAGCCGCAGCAGCCGCAGCAGCAGCAAGAAAAGCAGCAGCAGGAGCAGCCGCGACGCCGGAGGCAGCGCCCACAGGAAGCAAUCGGGCAGCCCCGGAAAACAGCCACUGGCCAGCGAACACACAAAGGGGGCCACUUUGUGGUGGGAAGAAGAAGCUGCGCUGCUGAUGAACUCCUCGGGAAAUGCAUUAGCAGCAACUUUGACCCUGGCCCCACACCUGCACCUGGCGCUGCAGACGGGGCGGGACUGGGACUGCCUGGGGGUGGACUCCGUGGCUGGGAACGCCCUGUGGCUGUACGUCAUGGGCCGCAUCUGCGCGAACUCUUUUGUUUGUGAAGGCUUCAGGAGUCUCCUUUUCGGGGAAACCCUUUUGCUGCAGGACCUCCUCAAAGUCGCCAAACGCAACGCCUCAGGCACUGGCAAAGCCCUUUGUCUGAGUCGAAUUGACCUCUUACUCGAGGGCAGACACCAGGGAUUCGCGCGAACGUACUACGCCAGACAGCAACUUGGACGCCUUUGGCGGUUCUUUUCCUCCGGCUCCAACGCGCGGUUUCCCCAGAGGCUCUUUUUAUCUUGCACGACGGAGUGGCAAAUGGCUGUGGAAGUCCUGACUUGGGUUCAGUCGCAUCCAAACUGUUUCAUGCGGCACGCCUUGCCCUGA